GUAUUGAUCAGCAGAGUGAUGACUCAUCCGUCUGAAGGACCAAUCGUGGGCAUCGAUCCGGAUUUUUCCAUCACACCACGGACUCUGACCCGUGUGCUAUUAAUAACAGCGGCGUGGCAGAGUGGGCGGAGCCUAGCCGCCUUAACCCCAACCGCCUCCUCCUCUUCUCCUUUUCCUCUGCUGCCUCUGCGGCUCAGCCUCACUCGCUAUGUGCCGCCGGCCUGCUCAGCUCCCGGCGCCGGCCCGACCUGCGCGCUCAUGGCUCCGGGUGCCUCGUUUGGCUCUGCGUCACCGUCUGAGCGCGCUCAGUAGUGGUGUCUGUCGCCCUGCCCCCUGGCACCGCCGGCCAAUUGCUUUCCUCGGCUUCUUCCUGUCUGUCAAUGCCCUGCGGCCGCUGGCCAAUCGGGUGGCGCUUUACCGGACCUUCCCGACCCGCUUCGUGUCCCGGGCCUGGGGCCGGCUGAACGGACUGGACCUACCCACCUGGCUCCGAAAACCCAUCUACUCCCUCUACAUCUGGACAUUCGGGGUCAACAUGCAGGAGGCAGCAGUGGAGGACCUGCAUCACUAUAAGAACCUGGGCGAGUUCUUCCGCCGCCGCCUCAAACCCGCAGUCCGACCCGUCUGUGCCGUUUCCUGCCUGACAUCGCCGGCUGACGGCAGGAUCCUCCAUUUUGGGCGGGUCCAGAACUCGCAAGUGGAGCAGGUGAAGGGCGUGACCUACAGCCUGGAGAACUUCCUGGGACCGCCCAGCAGGCAGAGCCCGGACCCGGCGUCCUUCCAGGACCGGCUGCUGUCGUCUCCGGAUCGCGCCCUGUUCCACGUGGUCGUCUACCUGGCACCGGGCGACUACCACUGCUUUCAUUCGCCGGCCGACUGGAGGGUGGAGCUGCGUCGCCACUUCCCAGGCUCGCUGAUGUCGGUGAAUCCGGGCGUGGCGCGUUGGGUCAAGGAACUGUUCUGCCUCAACGAGCGCGUGGUGCUGAGUGGCCAAUGGCGGCACGGCUUCUUCUCCCUCACGGCGGUGGGUGCCACCAACGUGGGCUCCAUCAGGGUCUACUUUGACCAGGAGCUGCGGACCAACUCUCCUCGCUACAGCAAAGGUUCGUUCCAGGACCGCAGUUACGUUGCCACGAGCAACCAGGUGAAGGCCACCGAAGGGGGCGUGGCCUUGCGUAAAGGCGAGCCUGUGGGUGAGUUCAACCUGGGCUCCACCAUCGUCCUGCUAUUCGAGGCGCCGACAGACUUCACCUUUGACCUGCAGCCAGGACAGCGAAUCAGGAUGGGGGAACCCCUCGGCAGCCUCUGAUUGGCCAAAGGCCAGAGGCUGCAGCGCAGUGUUAUUGGCUUCAGGCUCUGAGGGCAGAGCUUUGUGCAGGAUGGACAAGAAGACACGGACUCAAACUUCCAGAGUGCUUUGUGCCUAAGCUCUGUCUGCUCUACACUGCCGACGUCGCCCGUAACAGGGCUUUCUGAUUGGUAGAAAGCACUGUGACAUCAUCAGUGAGGUCCUGAUUGGCUGAGAGCCAUAAACUGUCAGUUUGUUUAUUUUGUAAAUUAUGUGUAAAGAAUAAAUUUCUACUUUGAGCA